AUGGAUGAUGAUAAGUCUCCAUCGCCAGCGACGGAUAUGAAGGAGAAACUGAUCAGAACCUUCAUUGAAGCGACGUCUUUGUCGAGAAAAGAUGCUGAAUUCUUUCUUGAAAUUCAUCAAUGGGAUGUCGACGCCGCCGUAGCUGACGCCUCCGACUUCACUGAAAACAAUAUCGCCUCCGCCACCUCCGCCUCCGCCUCCGCAUCCGCCGUCUCCGCCUCCGCCGAGCCAAAUAGAAUCCUCGCUGAUUCGACUUCUCGACACAAUCUCCCUGUUUCAUCUCAUUCUCAAUCUGGUGGUGGUUCUUCCGAUUACAUUCCGACGUCGCCUCCUUCUCGUGCCACUUUCCGGGGACCCGCCGGGAACAUAUAUACGCUCGCUGAUAUCUCCGGCGGAACCGAAAGCGAUUCCGACGAGUCGCAGGAGUACGACGACGACGAAGCAGAGCCAGAGCGUUACCAUAUUAUGACGAUCUUUCUAGUUCCCAAGAAUGGUGAAGAAGAUUCAGAUGAGCCUCAAUACGAAACUCAUCUGAUCGUCAUAGAGUAUGUAACUGUGUGGAGAAAUGGUUUCACUAUCUGGAGGAAUGGUUUCACUGUCGAUGAUAAUCAGUUCGAUUUUGUGGAUAACCCGGAAGAUGCAGCCUUUCUUGAGGAAGUGGAAAGAAUGGAGCCACCACGUAUACUCACUGAAGAGGAUAACGAAAACAUCCAUCAUUAUGUCAAAUUCAUCAUGCGUCAAGAAGAAGACUUCAUUGUAUCACCACCAGAACCGUUUACUCCAUUCAACGGUGUUGGAAUAAGGCUAUCCAAAAAAGAUUCUGUACCCAUUGAGCCACCAGCUUCAUCAUCGAACUCACUGCCACCAGCAAUGGACCUAGUGGUUGAUCACGAUGCGCCUACAACCUCGAUUCAGAUCAGAUUAGCGGACGGCACACGCAUUGUCUCUCGGUUCAAUACUCACCAUACCGUUAGAGACGUCCGUGGCUUCAUAGACGCGUCUAGACCAGAUGGCUCCAGAGUCUACCAGUUACUCAGCAUGGGUUUUCCUCCUAAACCGUUGACUGACUUUGACCUAACCAUCGAGGAGGCUGGCAUCUCCAACUCUGUCCUCAUCCAGCAAGACUAA